AUAUAACAUAUGAAUAGAGAGGGGUAUGGACGCUGCCAUUUAGGGAAGUUCCCGAACUUUCAAGCAGAGUCUAGCGGCCUCCUCAGCUCAAUGAUUGGUUGCUCGUAGUGAUGUGACGUCACAAUAGUUUACGUCAUGGUAGAAUUUAGUCAUCGGGGGUCAUAGAGAUGUACUAACUAGUAUACAUCUCUAUGUCGGGGGUUCGGUUCUCCGAAACCAAGAUGUCGGCGCGCGUUCGUAUAUAUUCGGCACACCCGAUCUGCGGAGCGUUAUUUCGUAAUUUCACUCGUGUGUGCUGUUGUUUGAAUUCGUGUACUGUGCAUAGAUCUACGUACGUACAAAGAGCAAGCUCGAGAUAAGGGAUCAAUAGAUUUUUUUACCACACACGGAGUUCUCUAAGACUAGUUCUCGUAUUGUGAAACACCAACUGCUAGUCAUCGAGCUCGAGCAGCAGCGCAGCCUCUAUCUAGCCGGAAAAUAUUGGAAUCACUUCGGAUCUUGCAUUGACCCGUUGUGGUGUGUAGCGCUAGCACAGGGGAUCUCUCUGAAUGAGUCAGGAAGACCGGACGACAACUGAAGAGGAGACGGGCAUAUGGUGCUGUCUUGGAUGGUCUGGCGGAUGUGAAAGAGCUCCAAAUAUGUCUGAAUCAAUUCUCACUGCUUCUUCGCCUCAGAAAAGUAGUUUCAAGCAGUUGUUUUAUAAUGGGAAUGUCACGAAGGAACAACCACCAAGCCCUGAUGCAGAGGUAAACGGACAUCCUCUGGUGGGGGAAGGCGAGUCAGGCCUUAUUGCACGACAGCUUGGGGACGAUUAUAUUUCCUAUAAAGUUGGAAAACACAAUGGACGCCGACCGCCUUGCCAGCAUGCAGAGACAUUGAGGAGAGUUGGGGAUGAAGUUGAGGAAAGAUACGCCAUCACCCUGAAUGGAUUAGUGAACAAUUUGGAAUAUGAUCCGGACAAAGAUGGUGAAGAGGCAUUCACUGCAAGUUUGAAUGCCAUGUUUGAGGAAGGGUCAUGUAACUGGGGACGUGUUGUGAUGGUUUAUGUGUUUGCAGCCCGUCUUGCAAAAUAUUGCCAGGAAAAUGGAAAAGGUUAUCAUGUAGGACGCUUAUCAGAAUUUGCAGGACGAUAUGUUGCAUCGAGAUUAACUCCAUGGAUAAAUAAGCAAGGAGGAUGGGAAAAAUUUGAUGAAAGUUUCAAAGCCAAAGACUGGAAGGAAAAGGCAGCAUUCAACUCACUCUUGGUGACGGGAGCUUUUCUUGGUGGACUAGCGGCUCUCAGACUAUUGAUGAAAUAGUAAAACAUCACAGAGCAGACUUUUAAUUACUGCGCCUGUCUAGUUUUCGUCAAGCAACCAGGCAGAAAUUUGGAUAUUCGCCAAACUUCUAUUGUGGAAAGAUACCCUACUACUAGAUUUCAAGUAUGCACCCUAUUCAGGAAUAAUCUGGACACAAAUGGCACAAUUUCAGCUUAGCAACUUCAAAAUGGUACUUUCUAUCGAGGGAUACUAUUGGAUCUACCAGAAAACAUAUUUUUAGAAUACUACAAGUCGACAAUAACAGACUCUCAGUUACUAGAAUAUUUUUUUUGUCAUGGGCUAUCACUAGAAUCAAAUCUUUAACUUACAUGUAAGACUACAGAGUUUAAAGAGCCUUGAGAAAUUACUACUUUAUGUAAACUAUCACUGCCAGGUGAAAGGUUCUAAAACUCUGUCUUUGUUUCCCUUAAAAAAGAUAUGAACUGAAUAUAGUCUUUGAUUUGUGUUUAAAAUGAUGUUUAAAGACAGUACUAUAUGUAUGAUGCUAAAUUAUAGAUUACGUUUAGCAUAAAAAUACAGUGUACAAUCGACUCUCCAGUCUCAAAUUUUUAUGUUUAAAAAAAUUGCAGAUAAAUGCCCCUCGACACUACAUCUGUUUAAGGAAAUGCUAGAAAGUUGUUGCCAUAUUAUGACAUGCUUUUUGUUGUCUAGGUAGGGAGAACAGAAUUGGCCUAAGGCUAACAGCUAUUGAAUGCAGACAUUACUUCUGUUUAAGGCUGACCAGUCUUGGAAAACACACGAGUUCAAUAUAAAUGACUGUUGCCUGCUUCGCCAAAUGGUAGGGUAGAAAUUGUUUUUGCUUACUUUUUUUGGUUUAUUCAACAAAAGCAAAGCAAUGCAAUUUGAGCCUUGAAAGAGGAAAAACAGUAAAAACAAGUCAAUUAUCAGAAAAAGCUCCUGCAUAAAACCAAAGGAUGCUCAUGAUAUUUAGCAGCUGAUUAAUUAAUAUUUAUCUAAUGAUGAGUAUAUUUUGUUCUUGGAUGUGAUGUUGAUGUCCGUUUGAUGUUGCCUACAUGAUAAUGAUUAUGAGGCAGUCUUUGUCUUUUUUUCUGUUUUUUUUUCAAAUAUGAUUUUUCAAAGAUCUUAUUUCUUGUUUUGAUGUAUUUUCUUUCUCUUUUCAAAGUAAGCCAAAUACCACUUACCAGCUACAUGUACUUUGUGAGCAGUGCAAGACAUGUCUUGAAAUUUAGUUCUUUUAAUAAUUGAUACAUGUAUGUGGCUGUUAAUUGAUUAUAGCUGAAAUUUAUUUUCUUUGGAUUAUACUAAAUAUGUAGAGUCAGUAGGGUCACUCAUAAAUUUUUAAUCUUCUAAAUAAAUUCCUUGUAACUAAUGCCUUACAAGACCUGAUUUAUCUUUUGAUCUCUCAAAUUUUUGUUUCUAAAAUAAUCAUAUUUUUCUGGCCAAUAAAUAUUUUUAUAGGGUUAUUGAUACAUUUAAUUUGGAACCAUAAUGUAGACCUGUAUGUAAAUGUAUUGGAUAAUUUUCCUGACUAAUCAUAUUUAAGUUUUGCCCUUUGUUUAUUUAUGAAUAGGACCUAUGUGUACUUUUAAAAUGAUGCCCACAUUGAAUAUCAUUAUCAAACAGUAUUGGUCAUCGUUUCUCCCUUUUGAAUGUGCAAUAACGUGAGAAAAAAUAAUAUCCAUUGAUAAACUUGAGAUAUUCCUGGUACAUGCAUUCAUGUAUUGCUUGUGCAUUCAUUGCUUUCUUGUACAGACCACAUAGGCCUUCAUACCCCACAGUAAAUGCAUGAUGGUGAAUGUGUACCAGCUACAAUGCAUGCAGUCAGUAUACGGAAAUUUCUGUACAAUGUAUGCCAGUUCGACCUUUGGAUGGAUCGCUUGUGCGUGCGUGGGCGAGAUAUAUUUCAAUGGGUUUCGAAUUUGUGUGUGUUACUGCACGUAUAUGUACAUGUACAUCCAAUUGUGUGUGCAUUACUGCACGUUGUGUGUGCGACGGAUUGAGUGUUGAGUGAAGCCCAUACGUACACAAUUCUCUCAUGUGAAAGGGGGAAUAGUUUGGAUUUGAUGAAUCAGCUUCACAAAAGGCUCACAUUUAUAUUUGUAACUGUA